CAAAAAGUCCGUGACUCCGAAAAUGGAAUGAGACUCCAUUGCCAAUAUGAGUGCUUCACUUGCCAAACUGUCCAAGACUUCCCAGCGGCAAAAAAGGGCGCAGGUCGCCCGGGCAUGUGGGAAUUGCCGCAUGCGCCGCAUACGCUGUGACAACCAGGUCCCCUGCUCCAACUGUGCCCUAAGCCAGACCCUGUGCAGCAACAGCAGCGCACCCCCCGCAUUGACCCUCACCCAGGCCAACCAAGAGAUAGCUCUGCUCAAGCAAAAAGUCCAACAACUGGAAGCCAAGCUCCAAAAGCGCGACACGAACGUGGAAAAGGACCUCUUAACCAUCACGUUGCCUGCCUCUGUACCGGGCAAUCCUCUCUGGGGUGGGAUCCAUUUUCGUCCGGCACGCUCUCCCAACCGGCUCUGGGUCGGCCCCUCGUCCUUGUAUUCGUAUAUCCAGCGCCUCAGCAGUUUCCUAAGUGCUCACCUGGAUCAAGAGCAGCCGGCUCAUCAACUGCUGCCCAUCUCCGCCAGCGACAACAAGCUCCUAGACCAGCCCGUCGCGGAGUCAGCAACGAGCCUGAAUUCGCCCUCGAAUUCGACCACUGGCCUUUACCUCACUCCGCUGCAGGAAGACUUCUUCCUCAAUCACUUCUGGCAGACCUACCAUGUUUCCCUGUUUCCCAUCCUGAAUGAGGCUCACUUCAAGGAGCAUUACGCGAGCUUAUGGAUGGCCGAGGGGAAAGAACGCCGACCAUCGGCCCUGGUUGAUAUUGUGGUUGCCAUGUGCAUGCAGUAUCACAUCUCCACCCUGCCCCCGGACUCGCAAGGCACCCUCUUGGAUGGCAAAGAUGCCCUCGUAGCUGGCCGGUGGCAUUACUGGCGGGGACAGAAGCUGCUGACAUACGAACUGGAAAGCCCGUCGAUAGCCUCCUUGCAAUGCUACCUACUCUGCGCCGUAUAUCUCUGCGGAGGCUCAUUCCAUAACAUGAUGGAUAGCACGGUAAGUCUAGCGGUGCGGACAGCGUACACCCUCGGUCUCCACUUGGAUCCCCCCUCGAGCAUGCCCGAAGCAGACCGUGAGUUACGGCGUCGUCUGUGGUGGGCCGUUUAUUUGAUGGACAGUAAGGCCGGGAUGAAGCUCGGCCGCCCGUUCAUGUUGAAUGAUGGUGCAUCAAUGCCUCAACUGCCCAGUGACACGCUCAAAGCCGCAUCCACCUCCGGGUCUACCUUUGUACCCAUUGACGGUAGCACAACGUGGUUAAGCUUCAACCUGUACCAGACCAAGCUCUACAUCAUCGUCCGCGCAGCUUACAAUGCUUUGUUUGCCACUGACUUUCACCUUGACGAGGGCCAGACGAUCUGGGAUAAUCCUGAUGCAUUGCGUAUUAGCGCGGAGGUGCUGGCUCCACAUACGCAGUUCCUCACAGACUGGGCAGACAGUGUGCCACAGGCCUUGCAGCUGAAGCGGCAGCAAAGCCCGGGGCUACCCUCCUCGCAACCCUUCUCGACCGACGGCAUGCGGCUGGUCCUGGAGCCCUUCGCACCACACUGGCUACAGCGGCAGCGCGUGCUGCUCGAGCUCACCUACCACCACCAGUGCGUCAAUCUGUAUCGCCCCGCCAUUUCCUUUCAGUGCCGCCCACGGCCAGAUGAUCAAGCUGAAACCCUGGCCUUGCGCUGCGUCGCCCACGCCGUUGCCUUAUCGAAACUUCUUCACCAGGUGCUGCAGGAGACCUCCCUUCUCAACGGAUGGCACGAAGCGUUCUACUCGCAGUGGAACGCCGCGAUGACCUUGAUCGGGUUCCUGAUGGUUUAUCCGCAAAGUUCUAUGACCGAGACAGCGCGAGAGGCCAUUGUUCUGGCCAUUGCCGUCUUUGACAUAUUCAGUGCCGGGUUUCCCGUCGCUCACAACGCGAGCAAGAUUGUGCAGGGCCUGUUGAAUCAAGCUGAUCUUCUCGCUGCGAAGUCUAGUAAGGGAUUUUCAGCUGGAGAAGGUGGGGACUAUUCUGCAGCAAUGCUCGGGGUAGACGAACUCGGCAGCCAACAGCUCUCACUCCAUGGCUUGGAUUUGAGUUUGAACUUGGAUGCAGGGCUGCUGAACCAGGCUUUGGAUGUGGAUUUCUGGAAUAACGUCGAUCUGCUUUGGCCGCAGGCUCCCGAGCUGGUGAACCCGGGCCUCUACUGAUGACAUUGCUGGGCAAAGCACCGCUAGGAAGCCAAUUCUCCAAUUCUCGAAUUCUGAAAUGAUGUCUCUGCGAGUUUAUCACUGUGAAUAUCAAUAUGAAAGAGUUCGACAGACUUUCCAAGAAUGUGGCUACUCGCUUAGCUCUGAAAUCACAUAACCACCUGCAAUUUACCGCAGCUUUCGUCCGUGAUCCACGGCACUUUAACACAAGAAUGUACAGUUGUGCCGGAAUCGGAAGACGUAUCGGCCUACUAUCCAUUAGAAUGUGCUGGAAGCAGGCGCUCCUUCAACUUCCUGAUUGCGCCAUCACCAA